AUGACAUCAGCAUCUCCGGUGGCCAGUCCGACACCGUUUUCACUUCAUGCGUCAGGGAGGGGGGAAGGAAACAAACCGCCUGAUAAUGGAGGAGGAGGGAGUAGUAUUAGGCGCAGUAGUGAGUCUCAGAAGGUGGGGAUAGAGGGAGUCUCCUACAGAAAUGUUGUCACGGGAGAGAUUGGUGAGGAUGGAGGGGUUAGUGAUGGAGGAGGAUCGAAGGAGAUGGGGCAAGAGGAGCAUGAAGAUCUCUUUGUGGACACUGAAGGGAUCACUAUGAAAGAAGGGAAGAGAGGAGGAUAUGAUUGUCCUUUGAUAAUCUUAUCCAAAUAUGAUGAAACGAGAAUUCAGAGGCCAUGGAGAAGAGGUGUGAUUGUUAAGCUCUUGGGGAGGAGGAUUGGGUUUAAGGCUUUGGAGAAUAGAUUGAAGCAAAUGUGGGUGAGGAAAGGGAUCAUUCGCAUUAUUGAUCUUGGAUAUGAUUAUUACUUAGUUUGCUUCACUCAUGAUGAUGAUAAAAACGCAGCGAUGAUGGAUGGACCUUGGUUCAUCUAUGAUCACUAUCUUACGGUUAAAGAAUGGACUCCAGACUUCCAUCCUGAAAAUGAUUCAAUAGUGAACGUUGCAGUGUGGAUAAGAAUUUCAGGACUUCCGGUGGAAUACUAUGACCCAAUAAUUUUACAGAUCAUAGGAAAUUUGGUGGGACGAACCAUUAAGGUAGACAAGAACACCUUGCAAGGAGAACGUGGCAAAUAUGCACGAAUUUGUGUAGAAGUUGACAUCUCGAAACCUCUUCUUGCCAUGUUUGAAUUGAAGAACAAGAGCUAUAGAGUUGAGUUUGAGGGGUUGCAUUUGCGGUGCAUAACCUGUGGGGAGUUCGGACACUAUAAGGAGGGAUGCCCUCAAAAGAUGAAUCUAGUGAACAAUGCUGUGACAUCAAAUGACCAAGGAGGUAUGGUAGACGGUGAGAAGACCGGGAAGACUAAUGUAGCUGAAGGAUUAGGAGCUGGAGAUGGCCCUUGGCAGGUGGUCCAGAAACAAAGGCGCCCAAAAAAAUCACUAGAGGUUAGAAAAAAAUCGACGCCGGCGGGAUCAUGGUUGGCAAAAGUUGGGUCUAGGUUUCACGCGCUUGGUGGUGACGGUGGUGAAACUAGUUUUACUAAUAAGGAAACUAUUAAUGAGGAUACAAUGGAUAUGGAAAAUGGAGAUAUGAAUAAAGAGGGGGCACAAGUAUUAAUGUGGAAAAUACUUUGGAGCAGCAAAUUAAAACAGCAAUGA